CCAGCUGUCAGGCCAGGCACUGAUAACGGGGUCAGUGACCACGGCCACCAACCUGCACCCCUGGGGACGGCCACCAGGUGCAAGGCCGUCUGGGAGAUGCUCCAGGCUCUGGGCACGGGCAGUCUGGCCCUGGGGCCCAGACUGGCAGGCUGGGCACGGACCAUGGCCUCCCACCAGCUCCUGGUGCCCCCGCCGGAGGCCCUGCGGAGGCCGUUCACGGUCCCCAGCCACCUGCUGCUCGGGCCCGGCCCCUCCAACCUGGCCCCGCGGGUCAUGGCGGCCGGGGGGCUGCAGAUGAUCAGCCACAUGCACAAGGAGAUGUUCCAGAUCAUGGACGAGAUCAAGCAGGGCAUCCAGUACGUGUUCCAGACCAAGAACCCGCUCACGCUGGCCGUCAGCGGCUCGGGGCACUGCGCCCUGGAGGCAGCCCUCUUCAACGUCCUGGAGCCCGGCGACUCCUUCCUGGUCGGGGUGAACGGCAUCUGGGGACAGAGGGCUGCUGAGAUCGGGGAGCGCGUAGGAGCCCAUGUGCACCAGAUGGUCAAGGACCCCGGGGGCCACUAUACACUGCAGGAAGUGGAGAAGGGCCUGGCCCAGCACAAGCCGGUGCUGCUGUUCCUGACCCAGGGCGAGUCGUCCACCGGCGUCCUGCAGCCCCUCGAUGGCUACGGGGAGCUCUGCCACCGGUACAAGUGUCUGCUCCUGGUGGACUCUGUGGCGUCACUGGGGGGGGUCCCCAUCUACAUGGACCAGCAAGGCAUCGACGUCCUCUACUCGGGCUCCCAGAAGGUCCUGAACGCCCCUCCGGGCACCUCACUCAUCUCCUUCAGCGACAAGGCCAGGGAUAAGGUCUAUUCUCGGAAGACGAAGCCCGUGUCCUUCUACCUGGACCUCAAGUUCCUGGCCAGCUUGUGGGGCUGUGACGACAAACCCAGGAUGUACCACCACACCACCCCCGUCAUCGGCCUGUACAGCCUGCGGGAGAGCCUGGCCAUCCUCGCAGAGCAGGGCCUGGAGAGCAGCUGGCGGCAGCACCGGGAGGCCGCGGUCUACCUGCACGGGCGCCUGCAGGGGCUGGGCCUGCAGCUCUUCGUGAAGGACCCGGCCCUCCGGCUGCCCACGAUCACCUCCGUGGCUGUGCCCGCGGGCUACGAGUGGAGAGACCUCGUCAACUACGUCAUGGACCACUUCGGCAUCGAGAUCACGGGCGGCCUGGGGCCCUCACUGGGGAAGGUGCUGCGCAUCGGCCUGCUGGGCCGCAAUGCCACGCGGGAGAACGUGGACCGGCUGACCGAGGCACUGCAGGAGGCCCUGCGGCACUGCCCCCGGGGCAAGCUGUGACCCGCCCACCCUGCCCUCACCCGCCGGGGGGCUUGAGGGGUGCCCAGGUGCACACAGACACCGCCAAGCCGGGGAACCCCGGGACAGCAAGGCUGCGGCCACCCCAGGACCCGGCGCCCCUCCUUCCUUGGAGGGGACCCC